AUCAGAUUGUUAGAUUUUCCCCAUCCCCACACAAAAAGUCACUGCGAAAAAAAUACCCGACGCCACCGUCUUUCUCCGUCGUGACGCCAUGACCAGCUCCUCCGCUCCUUCACGCAAGACUUUAAGCAAGAUCGCUUGCAAUAGACUCCAGAAAGAGCUUGUGGAGUGGCAAGUGAAUCCGCCGGCGGGAUUCAAGCACAAAGACACUGAUAAUCUCCAAAGAUGGAUAAUUGAAGUGAACGGAGCUCCGGGGACACUGUAUGCGAAUGAAACAUAUCAACUGCAGGUUGAUUUUCCGGAGCAUUACCCUAUGGAGGCCCCGCAGGUGAUCUUUCUCUCGCCAGCUCCCCUGCAUCCUCACAUUUAUAGCAAUGGACAUAUUUGUUUGGGUAUUAUCUAGCCUUUCAAUUAACUAAUUUUUUCAAUUCCCUCACUUAAAACAUGUCUCCAUUUGUGAUAAAAUUGACACAAUAAUCUGUAUUUAUUUUCAUUGUUGCUGAUAAUAGUAAUCUUUCUACAACUAACACUUUACUUUAAAUCCUCGUUGUUGUUGUUUUAAAUAAUUAAUCCUUGUGAAUGAAAGAAAUUGUGUUACAAACUCAUGUUACACAUGUUCUAGUACUGUUUGACGGUUGGCAAUUUGGUGCGAAUUAAUGGCGGGAGCUAGUUUGGAGUGAUGGCUUUGUUGUGUCCUUGUUGUUGUCUUCUACUUUAUCAAAAAUGAUUUCUGUGGGCAGUAAAGCUUAGGUGACCAAACACACUGCUUGUAAAAUUGCAAGGGUUCAUGUGUUCUCUCUUGACAUUCAUGAUCAUUCUUUUAAGGCAUUUGGUUCGGUGUUUCCAUCAUUUGUUGUGAGCAAUCUUUUUUACAAAGCAAUAUGGUUGUCUAUUUCUAUAGAAGUUUUACAGUCUGCCAACAGAUUAUUUUAAGAUACCAGUACACUGCAGAGUCGAAGGUUCUCUGUGGCACCUUGCUUGAAUGUGACAUUUCUUUGUGGUGGUGCCUCAAAUGCCUCAUGUGAUCUAUCUAGCAAUUCCAUAACAUCAACAGUUACAUAUUAUCAUUACUGUGGAACUUUUUGUUGCUGUGGGUUGUCAUGUUCAUUCCUUCUUCUGCUUAGAUCGUCAAGAUAACAGGGUGCAGGUAUAAUUUGUAUAUU